AGCAGCUCUUACAGGCUGACUGGCCUGAGGCCUGGUGUCCUCUACACCGUCUACAUCUGGGCCAUCAAGGGGAGCAAAGCCAGCAAGAAAACCUCAACACAAGCUCAGACAGACCUGGAUGCUCCUGCUAACCUCUUAGCCCGAGAUGAGACAGAGUCCAGCUUCAGCGUGUCAUGGGAUCCAGUCCAGGCAGAAAUUGAUGGCUACAUCCUCACCUACAGCUCCUCUGAGGGCUCUAGUGAGGAAAUCCCUGUCGGGUCUGACAGCAGCUCUUACAGGCUGACUGGCCUGAGGCCUGGUGUCCUCUACACCGUCUACAUCUGGGCCAUCAAGGGGAGCAAAGCCAGCAGCAAGAUUUCAACCAAAGCUGAGACAGACAUUGAUGCCCCCAAGGACCUGAAGGCAACGGAUGUGUCGCUGGAGUCUGCCCUUAUGACCUGGGUUCCUCCUCUCGCUGACAUUGAGGGUUACAUCCUCACCUACAGAGAUGAGGAAGGCAACAUGGAGACGGUUGAAAAGCAGAUUGGGGCCAGCGAGAGCAGUUUUGCUUUAUCCAGUUUGGAGACGGGGAAGAAAUACAUCGUCACCAUCAUCGCCUACAGGGGGAGCAAGAGGAGCAAGGUGGUGGAGACCUUCUUCAAAACAGUUGGCCUCGUGAACCCCUUCCCUGUGGACUGCACCCAGGUCAUGAAGAAUGGCAAUAAGAAGAGUGGCAUAUACACGCUUUACCUUAACAACAACCGCUCCAAACCAUUUGAGGGUUUCUGCGACAUGGAGACUGACGGAGGCGGCUGGCUGGUGCUGCAGCGACGUAACACCGGCAAGCUGGACUUUAUGAAACGCUGGAAACAGUGCAUAGCCGGCUUUGGAAACUUGACAGAGGAGUUCUGGAUUGGUCUGGAUAAGAUAUAUGAGCUCACCAACACUCCGACUCAGUAUGAGCUGAGGGUUGAAUUGGGACUGGGCGCCGAGAGAGCCUAUGCUGUGUACGACGACUUUAAGAUUGCAACGGUCAAGCAGAAGUUCAGACUCACUAUCGGCAAAUACAGUGGGACAGCAGGUGAUGCUAUGACCUACCACCAAGGCCGGCCCUGGACUACUAUAGAUAACGAUAAUGACAUCGCCCUUGGCAACUGUGCCCUGGCCCACCGCGGCGCCUGGUGGUACAAGAACUGUCACCUGGCCAACCUCAACGGAAGAUGGGGAGACAGCAGGCACAGUUUGGGAGUGAACUGGGAGCCGUGGAAGGGCCACCUGGUGUCCCUGGACUUCACAGAGAUGAAGAUCCGACCUCUGGGAGCCAUGUCCAGCAGGAAGAGGCGAUCAUUGAUGGCCAGAAAGAAGAGCAGAGCCACAAACCCCCAAAAGAAGUAACAGUGCAUCUCCCACUAAAAGCACAACAGUCAUCACCGGUCCCAUUAACCCUGCAUCACGCUAGACUUGGGUGUUUCUGUACAUUUGUUCAUACUUAUGUCCGCACAUGCCUGUACAGUAUGUGUCUAAACUCUUGACAAUAUGUACACACACUGAAAGAAAUCCGGAUAUGGAAUAAUAACUUAUUAUCUGUUUGUAUGCAAUGAGAUCAAUCAGAAAUUCCUAGGUUUAGUGUGCUUGUGGGAAAGACAAAUGCCUUGGUGUUGUUUUGAGUGAACUGAAUAUUGAACAAGUUUAUCAGUUAUACAGCAAUUGUUAUUCUUACAAGCUCCUGUUUCACUGAUUCUGGUACUAACUUCAAUUACAGAUCAGGAAACAGAAGAUUUAAAGGUGGGGUAGGUACGUUUUGAGAAACCGGCUUGAGAUACACUUUUUGUUAUAUUCCAUGGAAUGCUCUUAACAUCCCGAUAGCAAUGAAUAUCAUAAGUGCUUUGACAAAAAAUCCAUAAAAAAAUGUCAUCUGUGGAAGCCGUAGUACUGUAAAAAGCACGACCAAUCAUUUUAGCCGGCCCGGCUAAAAUAACUGGAUGGCCUACCUGCCUGUCAGCCUUCCAUCUGUGCACAAACUUAUCUCGUGCCCUCAUUGGUCAUGUGCGCGUUUGUGUGUGUUGGAGGAGGGGCUCUGUAAGGAAGAGGCAGAUUUUGUCCGGCUGUGUAUUUUCAAAUUAUAGCGCACUCGAGCUGGUUUCUCCAAAAUUACCUACCCCACCUUUAAGUUAAAUUGGGCGAAAAAAACGAAUUUUCUUCAAUUCCUUCAUUAACUUUCUUUUUAACAGGCCUCCGGGCAGCAGCCCAGGUUAUUUGUAUAAUAUUUGUUUAUUUGAUAUCCUAUGAAGAUUUGAGUAGCAGCCUUUCUUGUGUAUAGUAGCACUGUCAUAACAACAUAAAUGUUAAAAAAA